AUGCUUAUUUCUGGGACAGUGGAUGUAAAUGACGAUGGAUCGCAAAAGAGCGAGAAAGUUGAUUUGGGGGCUCCUUAUGCGGUUGUGGGGGAUAAGUAUGCGGAAUUCAUUAGGUCUGGUGCGAUUAAACAAGGUUUUGGUCGAAUCACUCAGCUAAGACAAUGUGUAAGUCACUCCCGUCGUUUCUCCAUAAAACAAUAUCUAACACAUGACACAAAUUCAAUGCUCGCAACCAUUGAAAUGCAAUGCAAGCCAAUAAAAAUAGAAGAAAUCGCAGCCGUCGUAUACGCUACUGGAUUUUCCACCUCUCCCGCGCUGAAUUUCCUCCCAGAAGGGAUUAAAGAAAGUUUAGGCUACAAUGCUUCAUAUGCUUGUCUUCCUUUACUCCUAAGUGAAGAUUGUAUGAGCAGUUCUCGAGACUCACCUAGCAACUUAGCACUCAUGGGAUGUUUCGCCGGAUCGUAUUGGGGAGUUUUAGACAGUCGAGCGCGUGUGAUUACGAGGAAAUGGGGGGAGCAAAGUAUUGAGCUUUCAUCUCCUGAUUUUUCUCAUGAUGAAACGGAAGAAGAGGAUUCCUCGAAAUUCUGCGCUUUUAUGGAAGAGCUGAGGAUCACGAUGGAUAGAUCCCUCAUCCAUCCCCCGAAUGAUUACCCCGAAUUACCCGAAUUAACGGAAGAAAACUCUCGGAAACUAGGGCUUCAGAAAAUAAACCUAUCAUGGGACGAAAGAGAAGGAAUGGUGAGUCCAGCUCACUACAUCGACUCACAGUGCAACAUAACCGAAUCCGAAAAAGCCAUGCACAAACUACAAAAAACACUCCAAGAUUCCCGGGACGGGAAAGCUGUCUUCGCUAAAUCUACUUUCCAUGGUCUGUAA